AUGAAGGAUAAGAAGCACAACUUGGGUGGCAGCCUUGGCCAGUGGCAGGAAGCACCUGAGUACAAGAAGUCCUGCAAGCUGCUGAAAAAUCCAGUGUCUCUGUUCUGCUUUCUAGGUUUCCAGCAGAUUUCUCUGUUGUCUUCCUAUGAAGUUGUAGUCCCGCAGAGGUUAGGAAGAGAACGGCGAGAGGCUUCCAAUGUCUCCUCAGUACAGGACAAGGUGUCGUAUGCUAUUGAGAUAGAGGGAAAAGAAUACACGAUUCAUCUAGAAAAGAACAAAGAACUGCUGCCCAAAGAUUUCACUGUCUAUACCUACAGUAAGGAGGGGAAGUUGCAGUCUGAAUAUCCAGAUAUCCAGGAUCACUGCCAUUACCAGGGAUACGUGGAGGGGACCCCGGAUUCUGUGGUUGCUGUCAGCACUUGCUCAGGGCUCAGGGGUUUGGUGACACUAGGGAACAUCACCUAUGGAAUUGAGCCCAUGGAUUCCUCUUCUGGCUCCAAACACAUCUUGUAUCGGUUGGAUAACGUAAAGAGCGAGCCCACCACGUGUGGGGUAACCACUGAAGGCCAUGAAAGGGAACACGCAGAGGAAAAUCACCAUCCCAGCAUGACUCAGCUCCUGCGAAGAAAGAGAGCAGUCCUACAUCAGACAAGAUACGUGGAGCUGUUCAUAGUUGUGGAUAAAGAAAAGUUUGAAGAUUUUGGGAAGAGUGAAACAGAAGUAAGAGAGCACAUGGUGCAACUGGCAAACUUCCUUGACAGCAUGUACAUCAUGUUGAACAUCCGCAUUGUGCUGGUUGGUCUAGAGAUUUGGAAGUAUGAAAACAUAAUCAGCACGGACGGAGGUGCUGGUGAUGUGCUGGCAAAUUUUGUACAGUGGCGAGAGAAGAAUCUUGUUUUGCGCCGGAGACACGACAGUGCCCAGUUUGUUCUGAAGAAGGGGUUUGGUGGCACGGCUGGAAUGGCCUAUGUUGGAACAGUGUGCUCCAAGAGCCACGCGGGAGGCAUUAAUGUGUUUGGAAGAAUCAGUAUACAGAUGUUUGCAUCAAUUAUGGCGCACGAGCUGGGACAUAACCUGGGGAUGAACCACGAUGAUGAGCGGGUCUGCCACUGCGGAGCGAGCAGUUGCAUUAUGAGCUCUGGAGCAUCGGGAUCGAGGAACUUCAGCAGCUGCAGUGCAGAAGACUUUGAGAAGCUGACUCUCAACAAAGGUGGAAGCUGCCUGCUCAAUGUUCCCAAGCCCGAUGAAACCUACAGCGUCCCGUACUGUGGGAACAAGCUGGUAGAUGCCGGGGAGGAGUGUGACUGUGGUUCACCAAAGGAAUGUGAAAGCGAUCCUUGCUGUGAACCAGGUACUUGCAGACUCCGACCUGGUGCUCAAUGUGCUUAUGGUGACUGCUGUAAAGACUGCCGGUUUCUUCCUGGAGGAACCGAGUGUCGGGCGAGUAGCAACGAGUGUGACCUCCCAGAGUACUGCAACAGCACGUCCCAGUUCUGCCAGCCGGACUUCACCGUUCAGAACGGCCACCCGUGCCACAACGAGGAAGCCUACUGUUACAAUGGCGUUUGCCAGUACUACGAUGCACAGUGUCAGGAUAUCUUUGGCUCAAAAGCCAAAGCAGCCCCCAACAUUUGUUUUGCUGAAGUGAAUUCCAAGGGUGACAGAUUUGGCAACUGUGGUUUCCAUGGCCAUGACUACAAGAAAUGUUCCAGCUGGAAUGCCAUGUGUGGGAAGCUGCAGUGUGAAAAUGUGAAAACUAUGCCUGUUUUUGGAAUUAAGCCUGCUAUUAUCCAAACUCCCAUUAGAGGCACCACGUGCUGGGGUGUAGAUUUCCAGCUGGGCUCCGAUGUCCCAGACCCAGGAAUGGUGAAUGAAGGCACCAAAUGCGAUACUGGAAAGAUCUGCAGGCACUUCCAGUGCGUGAGUGCCUCCGUUCUGAACUACGACUGCGACGUGGAGAGGCAGUGUCACGGACACGGGGUGUGCAACAACAACGGGAACUGUCACUGUGAAGCGGGCUGGGCCCCUCCUUACUGCGACACGAAGGGCUACGGGGGAAGCCUGGACAGCGGACCUCCGUACAAUGACAAAGACACCUCACUGAGGAACGGGCUGCUGGUGUUUUUCUUCCUGGUGCUCCCACUCCUGAUAGCUGCUGCGCUGGCGUUUGCAAAAAGAGACAGGCUGAAGCGAUGCUGCAGAAGGUUGAUGUCACGCUGCCAUUCGUCACUGCAGUCGCCACCUCCUAGGACAGAAGCCGAACCCAGAGACUACCCCCAGAGAGGCUUUUCGCACGGCAUGCCUUACCCUCCAAGAGGCGUACCCAUGGAAUUGGAGCCAAAUACCUUCCCUGUCCCAUCUUACCCAGUUAACCAGCACCCUCAGCAGGCUUACCACCAGGCUUACUACCCGUCUCCGCAAUACCAGGCACCGCAGGCACCGAAGCUGCCGACAAGGCGACCAUGGCGCGCUGGAAACGAGUCUUCAGCGGCGCACCUCGGGGACCUCCUCCGCCACAGCAAAAAUGUUUACCUCAGGGACAGUACUUUCCUUCUCGACCGGCACCGUUGCCUCCCAAAUAGCUUUUGGCUUCUCUGGGGCCUUCGCGUGAGCUGACCUGUUCACUGAGACAGCCGAAAUUGCAGUUACCCUUCUUGCGCCGAGUGGCCCGUGGGGGUCCCGGGAAGCCUUCCUUCUGCGGCCUGGGAUAAGGCAAACGAGAUAUCGAAACGAGGAAUGUAAAACUUGAAACUAAAUACCUCUACCAAAGCUACAGGGGCUGAAACCAUCUGAGCCGUCCUUCGAUCUGCCUGAGUAUCGUGGCUUUGUAAACGGCAGCCGGGCUGCCCGGCUGGAAGCGGAGUGGCCUGCAGCUAAAUAAUCUCUAAAGCGCAGCGCUUGGGAGUCGCUUUUGGUUCCCCCAUUCCUGCGAGGAGCCCUAAUAACGAAAUGGUCUGGUUUGUUGUCGUCUUUCUUAAACGUCCAGUGGAGAAUUCAAGUACCCCAUACUGCCUUCAAAACAAGGAAAUCCGGCCAGUUAAGUUAAAAUUGUUUUGCAUGGACUGGGAAACGUUACCUAUUUACACAUUGAUGGCACAAGUGGAAUAAGGUAUCGGUGUACUUCUUCGAGAGGAAGAUAAAUAUAUCGUAAACAUGUUUAUGCAUGUAUAUAUGUUCAUUGGUGUGUAAUAAUGCACUUAAAUUCUUACUUCCAUGCUGACUGACACUAAGCUGUGCUAUACGAGCACUAAGUUUAAUGGUUUUAAAUUAGUAAUUGUGAGUUGCUAAACGAGAAUCCUCUACUAAUUUCCACUAAUACCCUGAUUAAGCAAUGAAAGGUACGGAAAGCCAGGGCCAAAUUUUGUUUUUAAGCAACGGGCUGCUCUUAGGUUUUAAUUUGGGCCCAAAGACUGAGUAGCAGUCCCCACAGAACACCGGGAAGCAAGAAACGUCUUUCGGCCCAGACGGCCUGAGCUGCUCCGAGCACUUUAAACGGGAGCCUGUUGGCAAACGCGGCGUUUGCACCCAACCCUCCGCCCUGUGCCGUGUCAGGGCGCUCGCAGGCGAACUUCCCUCCGAUGGGGGUGCCGCCCGCUUCCGCACCGCUGCCUGAACGAGGCUUUGCAACCCCUCCUGAGCAGGAGCGUUGAGCAUUUGGUGCGCUGGCCGAGAGAGGAGGUCUGGGAGGCCUGGAGCCGCUGUGCCACGGGUAGGAACAUGGGUGCUGGCGGUCACAAACAGGAACCUGCUGCACAAACUCACCAAAAGCGAAGUAAGUACUGAAGGGAGCGCUUGGCUUUUCACUUUGUGCUAGCACCGAGUGCAAACUCGAGCUGUAAAAUCCCCCAUAAUAUUGCCAAAAACCCCCCUUUUCCUCUGUAUAUGCAUAUAUAAAUAUAUAUAUAGUGUUUGCAUUUGCAGUAAUAAAUACUUGAACUCCUGUGAUUUCCCAUAAACUUAGACUAAGAUCUAGAACAUUAUUAAAAUACGUAAAGCGUCACCUAGGAUAUCACCGGGCGUAUUUGUGGGGGUCUUCUGCUUGUUCCAAGAUAAUCACUUCCUAAUUUUUGUUGUGUUCUACUCCGUUUGGGCUGUCGGCAAGGCUGAGCCCUGCAGCUGAGGAGGUGGGUGCUGGGGCAGCCCGGCCGGGCAGCUCGGGGCGCCCCUGGGCCGAGGGUGGGGACGAGAGGGGGGAAUCCGGGGAUGGAGUCAUCCGAGAGAGACGUUCUUGGUUGUGUUUGAGGCUGUAUGUGUGAACUAAAACUAUGCUGAAAACGGUGCCUUUUAAUAGAUAGAGUUUUUAUACUUCCAGCGUGCACGGUAGCGCUAUGGGCCGGGUGGGGCGCGGGGCAGUGUACGGGGCUGGUUUCGGAAGCGAUCCUAUGGGGAGGAAAUAGCUCGGAUUUUACGCGUGUUCGAUAUUGAAGAUGACUACUGACUUUCUUUUUUAAAGUGCGCGCUUA